UGAACCUUGAGCUUCUCGAAGUUGAGAGGUUGGAAUCUUACCUCGACAUCCUCAAAAUUGCAACCUAAGUUUGGAAUUGAUCUCAAAAAUCACCAUCAAUACCAGAUCACCUGCUAAAACCUACCCCUUACAGAGUUUUGGGUGAAGUUGGAGUGAAGGGGAGGUCACUAGAGUAACAUGCUUCACCUCUAUUCUUCAGCUUCGUUUGGUUUCUUGGUUGAUCGCGACCAUCUACACCUCCUCACGUCUUUUUCCAUUUAAUCUUUUCGCAGAAGCUUAAGGCAUUACUAUUCUCCGCUUCCGCCCAAUCCCUAUUCCUAAGAAUUCUUCUGCUCUACGCCACAUCAUUGCCUUAACGAUGUCGACUCCGAUGCGUCACGGCCCCUCCCAGCAGGGCCGUACACCCUCACAGCACCCCGUAGCCGCGCCUACACCUCAAGCUUCGACUCCAUUUUCAAACCCGCAAACCGCUGCCGCCUUCUCCCCUCACGGUCCUAGAUCCUCACCACAGCAAUUUAAGAAAUCCCCCGCCACCGGUACGAUGAUUGGAACCAAUACCAGUGUGACGGUCAACUUCGAUAGCCCUUCCGUUACUGCUGCUUAUAAUACUUUGGGUAUAAAUAUGAAUAUUAACGACCUUAACCUGGAUAGCAUAAGUGUUGGGGGACUGGUUGCCGCAACGAGACAAUCAGAUGAGGAAGAUCGCAAGAAGAGGAUGGAAGCGGUUAUCGCCGCUCUUUGGGGCCAAAAUAGUAGUCGUGUUAGUAACCAAGGACUCGAGAGAUUGGCUAUCCACCUGAAUCUGGAGUGUCUUUGGGAGGAUGUUAAGGGUGCCGGCGAAAAUGCCAAGACUCUGAUCAUAGCAGGACAGACUAUGGCAGUUGAGGUCGGCAUCACUAAUCACGUCGUACAUCAAGCUUCAUUGGUGUAUACCGAAUCCAUGCCAAUUCUCGAGAAACAUGCCGACAAAGCAUCCGCUAUCUUACUGAAGGACCUCUCUCUGGCUCCUGGCCAGAGCCCUUUGACCAAGAGAUUAACGCAAUUCCGUGCAAAUCUCGAACGUCUUGCUACGCUUGACAAACUUAGCGGCUCUCCCGGGUUUAACUGUCACGAGGCGAUCGCAGGUAUUUGGGAAAGCUUGGAAAGACUUCACAGAUGGGACGUCGAGAAACUUCGGCAUGAAGACCGCGCUUUCAUUCGUAUGUCAGAUGAAAGACUCAGAGUCUUUAGUCUCUGCCUCCGCAAUGGCUGUCCUCUCAUGCAUGCUCGGGGUCGAAUUGGUCUUAGUCUUGACUACUGGAAAGAGAGGAGAAAACUUGCAUCUACGACUGUGGAUACCGAUGAUGCCAAAACGUGGGGCAUUCUAAUCGAGUGUGCACCUGCUAGUGGCAUGGUUUACAGUCCUGUGCGAGUCUCGGAUAAGUGGAUUAGUCCCGAUAUCGAGAAGUCACAUAUUACAGAAACAGAUAUGAUGCAAACUUCUGUGCCUUUCCUAGAUUGGCUUGAGCCGCCUACCACUCUUCUACCAUCCUCGGAAGAAGUGAAGACGGAAGGUGGACUGGAAGGACUGCCUGGUCCCAAAACUCCUGAUGUCGUCUUCAUGGCCACUUUCGAUCCUCCAGUCAUCGUUCCUCAUGCUGUCGCUAUGGAGAUAUAUAAGAUUUCUGCGACGAAUGUCCCUUUAACGAACAUCACCUUCGAUGCACUAAUGUUUCCUAUUCCUGAAGGAAGCCCUUACGAUCCUAGCGAGCCCCGGGAAUUUACCUUCAUCCAGACUAUUCCCACUUUCUCGCAAAGCCCUCAGGCGGAACCCACCUUGAAGGCUCAUCGUAACACUUUAUUCAUAUACAAGCCAGUUUAUGGGCAGGUCGUUAACCAUGUACCCUUUGCCCACCCAAAGGACCUAGUUGCGAUGCUGCCAUUGCUGCGCCAGUACGCGUUCCUAUCUUUGCUCCUUACUAAUAUGUUCAAGCCCAAAGAAGGAAAACCGUCUACUACAGAAUCCAGCGAGGAAGAUAGUCAUCAACCGGUUACUCAAAAAGAUGAGUUUGAACAAUUCAUGUCUACGAAGACGUCAAAGGAAAAAUCAGUCCCAAAGAAUGCAUUAAAGGUAGACCUUACCCUAACAGCGCAUCCUGUUCCACGCUUAUUAUUGGUGUUCCCUUUCAAUGGCGACACGGCAAACGUCCUACUCGAGAUCCAGAUCGGCGGCCGAGUCGCCAUUAUCUCCGAGAAUAUCCUCAAGCCAACGAGUGAUAGUCAAGGAAUGGAACAAUUUAGAAGAUCGGACUGGGCUAAUGCGCUCGAGACUAUGGAGGAUAUCGGAGCUUGGAUCGAGCUUAUAAAACGUACGCUGGAGGAAGAGUAAACACUCUUGAUGGAAAUUAGAUUUACGGACAUGCGUCGAGCGUACGGUGCUAGUAUUCGGAGUCCGUUGAGGGGUGUAACUAGGCGUAACAGUACUGACAUCAGUGGCGUGAGGGGGCGGAAAACAAAAUUUGCGGGUUACGAGUGACACGGUUUAUACGGCUAUGAUACCCCGGAGGCCCUUUGCCUUUGUUGCGUGUUGGACUAGGUAUAGAUGGGAUCGCGAUCGCGAUUGCGCUUUUUUUUUCUUCUUUUCGAUGUGCUUUGCGCGGUUGCGUGUUUGCCAUUUAUUCGCGUAGGAUCUGACGGUUUGUUGGAUCCGGUCGAGGGGGGAAUAAAUGGAUUAACUACC